AUGCCCCACGUCGCUGCAGCCCGCUAUGGCAAGGACAAUGUCCGCGUCUACAAGGUGCACCGCGACCCGUCGACGGGGACGCAGACGGUGGUGGAGAUGACGGUGUGCUGCCUCCUGGAGGGCGACAUCGAGACGUCGUACACGCAGGCCGACAACAGUGUCGUCGUGGCUACCGACUCCAUCAAGAACACAAUCUACAUCACGGCCAAGCAGACGCCCGUCAGCCCGCCCGAGCUCUUCGCCUCCCAGCUCGGCAGCCACUUCAUCGAGACCUACGGCCACAUCCACGCCGCCCACGUCAAGGUCAUUACCCACCGCUGGACACGCAUGACAGUUGACGGCAAGCCCCACCCCCACAGCUUCCUGCGCGACGGCGAGGAGAAGCGCGUCGUCGAGGUCACCGCCCGCAGGGGCCAGGGUAUCGCCGUGGCCAGCGGCAUCCAGGGCCUCACCGUCCUCAAGAGCACCGGCUCCGCCUUCCACGGAUUCCUCCGCGACGAGUACACCACCCUGCCCGAGACCUGGGACCGCAUCCUGUCCACCGACGUCGACGCCACCUGGAACUGGUCCGCCUUUGCCGACCUGGCCGCCGUCAAGGCCGCCGUGCCCACCUUCGACAAGGCCUGGGAAGACGCCCGCAACAUUACCCUCAAGCUGUUUGCCCUGGAUGAGAGUGCCAGCGUCCAGAACACCAUGUACAAGAUGAGCGAGGAGAUCCUUGCUGCCGCUCCCGGUGUGGACAAUGUCCAGUACUCUCUGCCCAACAAGCACUACUUUGAGCUUGACCUGAGCUGGCACAAGGGAAUCAAGAACCUCGGCAAGGAUGCCGAGGUGUAUGUGCCCCAGUCUGGACCCAACGGUCUGAUCAAGUGCACUGUCGCUCGCUCGGAUAUUGCCACCAAGGCUAAGCUGUAG